AUGGUCGCCGUGCCGCUCGUCCUCCAGCGGCGCGACGUCAUCGGCGUCGCCCAAACUAGCUCCGGCAAGACCGCCGCCUUCGUGCUCCCCAUGCUGGCCUACAUCGCCGGCAUGCCGCCCCCGACCAACCACAGCCAGGCGGACGAGGGCCCGUACGCGCUCGUCCUGGCGCCGACACGGGAGCUGGCGCAGCAGAUCGAGAGGGAGACGGUGAAGCUCGCGGCAUUCCUAGGCAUCAGGGUCGUGUCCAUGGUGGGUGGCAAGGCGGACGGGCUCCUCGACUGCGUGGAGAGCAGGUAUGCCAUACUCAACCGGUGCAACUACGUGGUGCUCGACGAGGCCGACAGGAUGAUCGACAUGGGGUUCGAGCCGCACGUCGUCGGCGUGCUCGACGAGAUGCCGACAUACAUGACGACCCACAUGUUCAGCGCCACCAUGCCGCCGGCCAUGGAGCGGCUCGCCAGGAAGUACCUCCGGAACCCAGUGGCCGUCACGGGCGGCUUCGCCGGCAAGGCGGCGGACCUCGUCACCCAGAACGUGGUCAUGGUGAAGGUGCAAGAGAGGAUGCCACGGCUGACGAGGAUCCUCGCUGACCUCGGCAAGGACAGAAGGACGACCAUUGUGUUCUGCAACACAAAGAACUCCGUGGAGAAGCUGACCAAUGAGUUGGAAUACGCGGGGUUGAGCAGGGUGACGGCGCUGCACGGGGGGAAGUCGCAGGACGAGAGGAAGGCCAGCCUCGACAGGUUCAGGAACGGCAGGUUCUACACGCUCGUGGCCACCGACCUGGCCGCCCGCGGCAUUGACGUCCCGGAGGUCGCUCACGUGAUCAACUACGAGAUGCCCAGCUCGAUCGAUCUGUACACUCAUCGUAUCGGGAGGACCGGACGUGCCCGGAUGAAGGGGCUCUCGACAUCGUUUUUGACCAUGGAGGACACUGACAUUUUCUAA